AUGCAAGCCGAUUUGGAAGCAAUGACUCAAAGGAUGGAAGAGUCUGAUGCAGAGGGAUAUGUCUACUCUGAGGAGGAGUCUGAGAGCGAGAGAUUGAGGGAGGAAAGGAGAACCAAGAAGAGGAAUGACCCAAUUAGUAGUGAGAGUGAGCAAGGAGAGUUUGAGAUUGGGGUAAACCUUGUUCAAGAGGAGGGUGAUGACUCUCCAAAUGAAGAAGGAAGUGAUGACUCUGAGAGUGAAGAGGAAGGAGAGGAAGUGAAUCAAUUGGUUGAUAAGAGUGAGCAAGAUAGUAACCAAGAUGAGCCCAUGGAUGAGGCUGAGCCAUAA